GGAGACCUUGAGUAAGAAAACCUUCUUCUUCAACAUUCUAGAGUGAGAAAGUGACGAGCAAGAAGGACGAAGAUUCUAGGGUUUCACUUCAAUGCAAGGAUUUGGGAAAUUUUUCCAUAAAGGAAGAUCUCCACUACACAAGGAAGGACUCAAGCAUCUCCAUUAUGGUUUCUCUCCCUUCUCCUUGUGUUUUUCCCUCUCCUAGCAUGGAGUAGUGUCCCAUUCCACUUGGGUGUUUGUGAACCCUGACUUUUACCAUGUGGUUGAUUGUAUGGAAUGAUUGUUUAUGUGUGGGUGUGUUUUAAUAUGAAUUUGAAGGUAUUUUCAUGGAAGAUUGUGUUGUGUGUUUGCCUAUCAAUCUAUUUUGUCAUUCUAACCUAGGUAGAGAGAAACCCGCCUUUUUAUGAAAGAGGCUUGUAAAGCUGGAUUUUCUUAGGCAAAUCUUGUCUCCUGUCUAGGUUAACGUAGGCCAACCCUCCUUGUUCGUAUUAGCAUCUAGGUUGGUUGUGUUUUGGUCGUCCGAAACCUGAUUCGAGAGAGAAGGUUAGAUAGUCCUUAGUCGAUUAGGCCAAGAGAGCUACAUCAGUAGCUUAAUCCGAAUUCCUUGGCCUAGAGACCGAGAGAGUGAUGUUUCAUCACUAGUUGCACUUCCCUUACGGUUCACAACCACCUCCACCACAUGUUUUCAUUCAUUUCGACAAGUCAUGGUAGCUAGUUAGGGGGAGCUACACCCGGGUGAAUCCUUCUCAUUUAGAGUCAAAACCAAUUACAUUUACAAUCGCUUUGAUUGUAGAUCGUAAUUUUCAACAAACAACUAAUCGCUAGAUAAUGUUUCAAACAAUCGAAGUAGGGGUACAUGGACUGGCCCGGGUUGAUAUUUAAACAUUCUUAUCCUAUAUUGCAUCCAAUUAAAGUUUAUACUUGGACCUGUACAUGGGAGUUGGGCCGUGCUUGGGCCGGCACGGCACAGGCACGCUUCGGGCCCAUUUAUUUAGUGCCGUGUUUGGCACGACCCGUCAGUUUUCGUGUCGUGCCAUGCAAGCCCAUUUGUCAACCUUGCUAGGCCCGGCCCAGGCCCGGGCACGGUUCGAAUCGUGUCGUGCCUAUACGUGCUCGUGCCAUGCUCGUAUUCGUGUUUAAUGAAAAGGACGAAAACAAAAGAGAGAAUGAAAAAGAAGGUGAAAAUUGGAUGGGGGAAGAUAGUAUUAACCGAUAAUGUUUGAGAAAAGUAACAAAUAAGGGGGAAAAGAAAAUUGGGAGUAUUUCAAGUGUGAUUUGGCUUUGUUUAAUUCUUUGUCCAUUUUUACUUAUGUUAGUAAUUACGUAUAUAUCUUUAUGACACUUCUAACAACAACAAAUAAUUAUUUUUCUACUUGUGUUUUGUAAUAUUUGAACCUAUAAUUCUUUCUAUAUUUAUUUUCUAUCAAAUAAAUGCUAUUUUUGUGCCAUGUCCGUUCUUAUACUCAAUAAAAUCUCAAAAAUAUUAGGCCCAAUACGGCCACUUAUAUACCGUGAUGUCCCCGUGCCCAUGAAAAUUUAGACCCGACACAGCUAAUAAAUUAUUCGUGUUCGUGUUGGGUUGGCCUAUUUAUUUCAUGCCGGUUCUCGUGCCUUGCCGUACUACUUACUAGUCAUUGAGCGGCACGGUCCAGUUCCCACGUAUAGGUCGUACCAUCAAAACCUUCGCUGCUUCUAUUUGUUUCUUCUCCUUCCAAAAUUUUCAGCCCUGAAAUCCCCUCUCUCUCCUCCCCGCAGCGCUCUCCGCCAUGACCAGCUCCUCCGCCACCGCUCGGAAGACACUGAGUAAGAUUGCCUGCAAUCGGCUUCAGAAGGAGCUGGUAGAGUGGCAGAUCAAUCCCCCCACUGGUUUCAAACACAUAGUCACCGAUAAUCUCCAAAGGUGGGUGGUUGAAGCAAUUGGAGCUCCUGGAACCCUCUAUGCUAACGAAACUUACCAACUUCAAGUUGAUUUCCCUGAGCAUUACCCAAUGGAAGCUCCCCAGGUGAUAUUCCUCCAUCCAGCUCCAUUGCACCCUCACAUUUAUAGCAACGGCCAUAUAUGUUUAGAUAUAUUAUAUGAUUCUUGGUCACCUGCCAUGACUGUUAGUUCAGUUUGUAUAAGCAUCCUCUCAAUGCUGUCAAGCUCAACUGUUAAGCAACGCCCUGAAGACAACGAUCGAUAUGUAAAGAACUGUCGGAAUGGCAGAUCUCCAAAGGAGACCAGGUGGUGGUUCCACGACGACAAGGUGUGACAAACAAUCGGGAACAAAGCUGCCACCAUUGUCCCGUUGUUUGAAAUAAUUGUAGUUUUGUGGUGUCCACCUUUUGCUAGAGGAUGAGAAAAAUGGAGAAUGAGAAGCAUUCAGAAACCAAAGCAUUUCUCUGAAUUCUCGAUGCAUCUCCUGUGUAAAUUGGCAAUGCCUGGUUGUGUAAAGGAAGAGGAGCAUUGUCGUCUUCUUAGGGGGAACAUAUUGGGAAGUUACUGUUUGUUCUUAACUUCUUUGCUUAUGGAAUUUAUAAAACCAGCACGUUGGGUCUUAGUUAUUUAUCUUUGGGGCAACUCUAAACUAGACAGAGAGAACUAUUUUUUACCACACUAUGAGGCAACCCAAUUGGCAGUCCUAGGAACCACAUAACUCUAAGCCAUGUCUAGCUAUCGUCUAUGGGCAGUCUUUAAGCAUCAAUCCUCCAAUUGUAUCUGAUUCUACCCUCUGAGAAGCUGGCAAGUGACGACUUGAGAAUCCCUUUCCAGUGUGACUCCAUGGAAGCUCAUGUUACGAAUCAAGAUCAGACCAUCUC